AUCUGCUUGCCGACAACCCCUGAUCCAUGAGCAGACUCCAGUCCCCGCGGAGCGGGAUGGGCAAUGACGAUCGGGCCGUUCAGCGAACACUAGCCGAUCUCAUCCGGCCGUCUGCAGCUCCCAAAGAGCGGCGGUCCGAGGUCAGCGCCUCCGAUCCCCACCCGAAAUCAGAAGCCUCAAAAGAGCCCAGCUCGAUGCAAAUCGACCGUCCGAGCACCUCGGGCUCGUGCUACUGUGGUCGGAUCAAAGAGCCGAGCUACCAUCCGGACUUUCAGUGUGCUUCGUGUCUCAGCUAUUUCCACCAAGAAUGCAUCGAUGUCAUCAAAGCCUGGGCCGAGCCGCCGCUACCUGGAGACGAUUAUUACCUCUUCCGGUGCAAGAACUGCACCAACGGGCCCGAAACGAUCAAACGGCUGCUGCUGUCAUGGAUGGAGGUGGUGCACAUCACACUGUUCAAUCUGACCAUCGCCUCUCCCACCCAUGCCAAGUACUUCCAAAUCAAUCCGCACAUAUGCCAGUUUGUGGAGGCGCAUUGGCACCGAUUCUGGACCCGGACGCGCGGCAACACAUGGAAGAGCAGCGUCUCUGGAUGUCUCUCUGCCGGAAGCCGAUUUGCAUCUGGCAUCGAUACCCAUAGGGAGCAAGGCUGGUGGGGAUUGCACUCUAUGAACUUCCCGUCUGCGGGCGAGACCAAGAAAUCCAAGAACGUUGGAUACGACAUUGCUGAGAACGGCUCGCUCCUGGAAGUGGAGAUUCCGAAAGCGAUUCGGCGACACAGGCUCGACAACAGCGACUCGGACAAUGAGUCCCAGGCAAGCUCGACGCGACCCCAGAAGAAGAAAGGCUCGAGCUCCCGAGCCAAUUCGAUUGGCCCGGACGAAGCCGAGGCUGCGAAGCGCAAGCCGGCACCAAGACGCCCUCCAAAGUCCAAGAAGAACAAGCCUUCCGAUCUGGAUAUCGACCCAGCGACAGCAAUUAAGCUGUAUCCGGACAUUGACAAUCCAAAGUUCCCCGUGCGACUACACGAGAUGCCCACACACUCGGCGCCGCAGAUGAAAAUCACCGACAACGGAACGGCAGUGAUGAAUGAGAAGGGCUACCGCAUGGCCAAGGCCUCGCACGGCGUGUGGGAAGGUUACUGGUAUUUGGAAGUGCUUAUCAACAGCCAUCCAGGCCACACCAGGAUCGGAUGGUCCCAGAUCAGCGGCGACCUGCAGGCUCCGUGUGGGUUCGACCAGUUCAGCUACAGCUUCCGCGACAAUCCCGGCACGCUUUUCCACAAGAGCAAAGCAUGUCCGGGUCCGGAAGGAUAUGCAUCCGGAUAUGGACCCGGCGACGUGAUUGGGAUGUCGAUCAAGCUCCCAAAGCCAAGAACGAUGGACGAUCUGCUCAGCCGUCUGUGGGAGAAUCGGUCGUUGGAGCUGCGGGCGUAUUCUACAUUUCCGAGCAAGCCCAUGGAUGUGGCCGAAGGGGCCGAGAUUCGGUACUACAAGAACGGAGCCGACCUGGGUGUGGCAUUCAAGGGGCUCUACGUUGGCAAGUACCAUCCUGCUUUCUCGUGCUAUAUGCAGGGCUCUGUCACAGUCAACUUUGGCCCCGACUUCAAGUACCCGCUUCCCGAGGGCGCCCAGCCAUUCAGCAAAGUAGCCAACGAGAAGACAAUGCUAGAGCUCCAGCGAGAGAUGGCGCAGCCCGCAGGAGAUGCAAGCUCCGAGGGACAGCCGGGCACGCAGUAGGCUCCGUCAACUGUGCGUCCUGGCAAUUGGAGCGGAUUUGGUCCAGCCCAUGUGCGUGUAUUCAAUAAGCAGGCAUAUAAAUGGUGUGGAGCCGUCAGCGUAUGAUGUGCUGGCGAGAUGAUAACGCAAU